AGGCGGCAGUACCUCAACAAUAGUUAGUUUGAGAUAGUUGUGGAAGUUUGUAUUAUGUAGUGAUGGCAAUAAUAAAAAAGGUUCAACGUCUUCCAAAUGUUUACGAAACGGGUAUUUAUUUCGUUAUUUGGAUAAGUGCGGUUUUAUAUUCGAUAUAUAAUUUUUACUUAGCCACUGAAGAUUAUUUUAAACACUACGAGGAUGUGUAUGGAGAUUUUAAAAAUGGCUGGACAGUAAUAAACAGAAGAAGAGAUGUCUCGGAUGUUGAAUGGGAAACAAUUUGUCAGUUAUUGAAAGAACUGUUUCCAUGGCUAAUUGUACAUUCAGCAAUGACAGAGUACUUAAAGAGAGAAAAGAUCAAACAUAUUGUUCAACUUGUUUUGUCUUUCAUGUUCCUGCUGUAUUACACAAAUGUUGCUGUAUUUUUAUUGUUAGUCUUGCAACCUUUUGUGUUCCAACUAUUUAGCAAAUUUAAAAAUAUAACAUUGAUUUGGAUAUGUUGUGGCUUAUGCCUGUUGAUAAUAACUAUAUACAAAUUUGUGGAUAACAAGACUUUACAAUAUGUUGGCAUAACCGAAGAACUGCAUAUAACAUCAAUUAUUGCUGUAUUUUGGAUUAAUCUUCGAUGUCUGAGCUUUUACAUAGAUAAGAUUAAAAUGGAAGUGAAUGAUAAAAUAACAUUUUUUGAUUUCAUUAAUUUUGUCUUUUAUUUGCCAACAUUGUUUUGUGGACCUUUCGUAGGAUACAAUGAUUUUAAGUCUAAGAAUAAUUUUAGAAAUUUAACUAGUCGUACAACAAAAUUAUUUUUAAACUUGUUGAGAGUAUUAUUUUGGUUUAUUUUCACUGAGUAUUGCUUACAUUACAUUUACAUUAAUGCAAUAUCAUAUCAAGUUGAGCACAUAAAGACAUUCCAACCAUGGGCUAUUUAUGGAUAUGGUUAUGCCAUGGGACAAUUCUUCCACUUGAAAUAUGUUAUUUUAUAUGGACUUAGCACAAGUUUUGCAGAAUUUGAAGGUGUUACUGUACCACAUCUGCCAAAAUGCAUAGGACGCAUUCAUUUAUAUUCUGAUAUGUGGAAGUACUUUGACGUGGGACUUUAUAAAUUCUUAGUGAAGUAUAUAUACAUACCAACACAAUACAGUCAAUCAUACAUCAACAAAUUAUUCUCUAGUGGUCUUUGUUUCACAUUUGUGUAUGUUUGGCAUGGAACACAAAAUUAUAUUUUAAUAUGGACAGUAUUAAACUUCAUGGGAAUCUCAGUGGAAAUGAUUUGUAAGGAAUUGUACAAAAAAUGCUUCUUCAAUUUUGGCUCAAAACAUCCCAAUAUGGAAAGGAGACUUACUUCUAGUUUGGCUUCCAUUCUACUAGCAAUUUCAGCAAUAAGUAAUUUUUACUUUUUUGCUGGCACAUCUAUUGGAAACAUUUUUUUUGAAAAACUAUUCACAGGGAAUUUCAGUGAAAAUUUCAUUCUCCUAUUCUGUUUGUACUGUUGUUGUCAAGUAUCAAUUCAAGUAAAAGAAUGGGGAAUGAGGUGCAGAGCUUUAUAUAAAUAGUAUUAUUUAAAUUUAUUUCCUAACGUUACAAAUGUAUAGAAUUUUUUACAGAAAGUAUACAUUAUUUUUGACUGAAUAUGUAGCGUAUUUAAUAGAGUAUUGUUUUAUUUAAGAAUUAUAUUGUGAUA